AUGAGCGGUUAUUCCGCUUCAGGAAUCAGUGCUACGAGCGCUGGAAGUUUGGCGAGGAAAAAUAUGAGUCGAGCUCAGAGUGCUAUGGGUAUGAGAGAACUCGACAUCAACCGUCCAGAAACUCCUUUCACUGGAGUCACCUACCACAGCAGCCACGCCUCUGAGGCUUCUCGGUCAAAGUCUCAAGCUGGGUUCUACGAAGACCCGAUUGGAGGCAUAGGGGGCCUGGUUCAACCACAAUCAACUAAGAAACGGAGCUUCUUCAAGAAGAUCAUAGACUCAGCAAAAACUGGCGUCGCCAGCGGUCGCAGUAGUAUUGCGACUGGUGCCGUCGGCUCCGUGCAGUCAUCGCCAGUUGUCCAGUCUAUGCCGAAGCCAAUGGCAGGGAUUGCAGGUGGCUUCCCUAGCCCAAUGACCCCUAACGGAAGCAAUGCAGCGCGCGAGAUGGGACUUGGAGCAGGCGUUGACUGGGUUCAGGUACGGCGAGACGUCAACCGAUCAAACUCUUUGAGUCGAAUUGAACGGAGCGAGCGCCGAGACCGUUGUCAGAUGUUGGACUAUCCAGCGAUCGAUCCCGUAGAUGAACUCUAUGGUAGUAUCGAUGGCGACGAAGGCGCAGAUGGAAUGCCGGUUCAAGAGCCGGUCAACUACCAGAUGAUUAAUCUGAGUCAAGUAGAUAAGAACUCUCGCUUCAUUGGCAACCUACCGCCGAUGACCACGGCCAUUACACUUGCAACUACCUACGUUUGCCGACCAUAUCGGAGCGACGUCCAGCGGCUUCGGGCAAUCUUCACCUGGGUUUCCGAAAAGGUGUGUUGGGAAGAGGAUUUUGAGGGUGAAAUAGAUACCCGUCGCGUCAUCUCAACCAAGCGAGGCUGUGCUGAGGAGUAUGCCGUCCUGGUCUAUGAGAUGUGUGCAGCGGUUGGUCUGCCCUGCGAGGUUGUCCGCGGUUAUCUCAAGACUCCCGGCGAAAUCCCCGAGACAGGCAUCAUGCCACGAUCCAACCAUUGGUGGAACACCGUUCUCGUGGACAAUGAGUGGCGUAUGCUAGACUGUUGUUUGGCAAGUCCUUCUAAUCCUCGCCGUGGUCUAUACUCGAGCGGUGGUACAGGUGCUGCAGACCCGUGGUGGUUUCUCGCCCGCCCAACCGAGAUUUGUUGGACACACAUUCCUGAACACCAUGCGCAGCAACAUAUCUGUCCACCAGUUGCCCACGAAAUCCUUCUCAACCUGCCUUGUGCCUGCCCGCCCUACUUCAAGAGUGGUCUGGAGAUGGCCGAUUAUAACACAUCCCUCAUCCGUAUCGAGGAUUUGGAGAUGGCCCAUAUCAAGUUCAACGUCCCUGCUGAUAUUGAGGUCGCUGCAGAAGUCGAAGUUCGCGCUCUUAGUAGGGACAUUGACGGCGACUUCUUCGAGAGCGGCGAGUUGCUGAAGAAGCGAGCUCUAGCUCAAGCGGAGUGGUUCAAUGGUGUUAAGCGGUAUACUGUCAAGGCGCUGCUGCCAGGAGACGAGGGGACUGGAAUCUUGAAGGUGUAUGCUGGAAGACGGGGGUUGAUGCACAGCAUCAAGGACAUUCCGCACCCGCUGGCAUUUGCAGUCCCCAUAAUCCAUACAGGAGAGAAUCCUCCCUACGAAUUCGUCACUCGUCACCCGACUCCACACGCUCAGCGGCACGAUAUCUACGUGGUUCAGCCGCAGUGCCAGCGUCUCGCGCUCAACAAUACAUUCGUCUUUGCCAUCCGGCAGCACCCAAGCUCGGUGGACUCGGGCUCUGCCAUGACACCGUCGUCUAAUCCAGGCGGUGCCAGUCCCAUCCCCUUCGUCAGGCCAAGCUCUGCCAUGAGCAUGAGCAACAACUCGAAUCCUAGUACGGCGAGCGGGAGCAAUUACUCAGGAAGUGGCAGGAAGCCGGCGAAGCUCGCCAUACAGACCCCGGGAGGGAAGAUCCUCAGACUUAUGAGGAAAGAGGAACGGCGGGGCAUUGGCGUCGGCGGACGUGCUGCUCCAGGAGAUGAGGAAGCCAGCGAUGGCGGCACUUGGGAGACAAUCAUCAAAUGCUCAGAGCGUGGUGUCUGGCGUGGCCUGGUGCUUGCGGACCGCACUGCAAGAUGGUGUGUGUUUGCAGAGUGGGUGUGUGUGGGCUAA